AUGCGCGGGAGAAUACUGUUGCACUGCCAAGAUAUUACUGUUAGGCUCAUAUCUGACUAUGGGACGCCAGAAAUCCUACAGACUGGUGCCAUCGGGUCUUGCUAUCAUUAUCGGAGCCGGUCCCACAAGCGGCUGAGCGCCCAUAAGCUCAACCAACUUCGCGACUCUCUUCGCCAAGAGACAAACGGCCUUCUUCAUGCCUUCCCAACUCAAUUUCAUGACCUCUACAAGACAUUCCAGAAAAUCCGCAACCACCACGACUUCAAAGGUCUGAAACUCAAGCUUGCGAUAUGCCACAUAAAAAACGACGGCAUAGUACCAGAUGAUGAAAUGACAGCUGAGACUCUUGGAGAAGGCAUAUGGGCAUGCAAGACAGAACCUGAAGCCUUUGCGGAAGAAGCUUUGGAGCUCAUCUAUGAGCAAAAUGGUGGCAAGACACUGUUGGCCGAUACCGACGGCGUGAAGAAAGGAACAAUUAUCUUCACCAGUACUCUAGGCGUUUUGCGAAGAAAUUCAGAUUAUAUGGCGAAUAGAAUGACUAGCAUCACGUCUGCGUUAGCAACCCGGGGUUUCGCCAAGAAACAUAGCAAAUACGGCGUGCACUGCAUCCAUGCGGUUUCAGUUGGCCGUAUCGUGGAUGGGGACACUGAGGAGACUAGGACUGGAAAGCACAUGAGGGCUGAAGAUGUUGGACAUAUGUAUUUGUGGUUGUCACAGCAGCCCGGUUCGCUUUGGGUCCAUCAGUUGGAAUUACGACCAGCUCAAGGGCCAUUUUUAAAAUUCAAGGAUAGUUGGAUACAUGGGUUGUUUUGA